AUGAUUUUUAAAAUUGUUUCUCUAUUUAUUAUUGCUUUAAUUCAGUAUUCCAUUUGUUGUGAAACUUUUCCAAAUGGAACAGAUACAAAAUUAAAUUGGUUUAAUUGUCCAGAUUCAAAACUAGUUAUAUUUAAUUCUGUAGUUACAGUUGAUGGAAAUAAUAAUAAAGAAUAUCCAAUUAAAUUAAAGGAGCCUGUUUAUGUUAAUGUUAAUAUAGAUAACAAUGGUAAUACUUUUAGUUCAAUAAGACUUGAUCUUGAAUUGUAUCAAUGGGGAGGAUGGCAAGGUUGUUCAUGGCAUCAAAUUCCAACUUUUGGACUUCUUUCAAAUUUAGAUGCUUGUAAACAUGGUGUUCCUUGUCCAAUAGCAUCGGGAAAAAAUCAAAAUCUUAAAGUUACAAUUGAUUUUACAAAGUUUGAAUCAAUUAUAUCUCUAUUAAAAAAUGAUGCUCCAUAUCAGUUAAUGUUUAAAUUAACUGAUAUCCCUACAGGAGAAACUUCAUGUACAAUGGUGCAAGCACGUUCAUUUACUAAUGAAUAA